CUCGAAACCGUGAAAGAUUUCCCGGCAAACGACUCCCCACGAAGCCGAAGCCCUCCAAUAAAGUGUUGCCACGGAAAACAUCACCGUCCGAUCUUCCAAUCCCCUUCUUACUAAAAAGCCCCGUUCCGUCUCCCCGAAGUACACCCAUCGCAAAACCAGUCUUCCGCCUUACGGAGAGCUCAGAGGUUUUCCAAGUCCCCUCGAGGGUUUCUAUUCCGCCAUGGCUUCCCCCGACCAAGCUUCCGCCUUGGAGCCCGCCGAGGAAGGGCAAACCCUAGCGCCGGAUACCGUCGCUCCCGAGGCUGAGAAAAGCCUAACUGCGGAGGAGCAGGGGAAUGGCCCGAGCCUCAAAGGCAAUGGCGAUUCCUCGAGCGGCGGAGGAGCUGGGUUUUCCGGCCCGGAAGAGGAGAGUUCCAAGAAUUCCCUAGCCCGUGCGGAUGAGUUCUUCGAGAAGGGAUCGAAGGCGAUAGAGGACGGGGAUUUCGUUGAUGCCGUGGAUUGUCUGAGCCGCGCCCUCGAAAUCAGGGUUGCACAUUAUGGAGAACUUUCUCAGGAAUGUGCUAGCGCCUAUUAUAAAUAUGGAUGUGCACUAUUAUACAAGGCUCAAGAAGAAGCUGAUCCAUUGGGUAAUAUUCCUAGGAACACUCCAACAAACCUGGAGAAUGAUAAAACUAGUGAUAAUGUGGAAAAUAGCGGAAGCUCAAAGGAUUCUGCUCGUGAUGCUAAAGAAGACAUUCCAUGUGGUAAAAAUGAGGAAGCUGGUGAAGAUGGUAGUGACAAGGAUCAGGAAGAUGGUAACGAGGGAAGUGAAGGAGAUGGUGAGGAUUCGGCAGAAGCAGAUGAAGAUGACUCUGAUUUAGAUCUGGCAUGGAAAAUGUUAGAUGUUGCUAGAGCGAUUGUUGAGAAGCGCCCAGAAGACUCUCUGGAGAAAGUAAAUAUCAUGGCUGCUCUAGGAGAGGUGUCUAUGGAGAGAGACUAUCAGAAAGCUUUAUCCAUUCUGGAACGUCUGGUUGAGCCAGAUAAUCGACGAAUCGUUGAAUUAAAUUUUAGGAUAUGUUUGGUGUUGGAGAUCGGGUCAAAGAUUGAAGAGGCUAUUCCCUAUUGUGAAAAGGCUAUCUCCUUGUGUAAAUCCCGUGGACAAAGACUCAAGGAAAAUGCAAUGAAGUCAACAGAUUCUGCAGCAGCCAAUGGGGAUUCUAUGUCCGAUGUAGAUAAAAGUGGCAAUUGCGCCAGUGGAACCAGUUCCAGAUGGUCUAAUUUGGAGGAAGAGAUGGAUUUUCUUGGUGGCAUUGUGACUGAGCUUGAAAAGAAGGUAGCUGGAAUUAUGCAGCUUGAAGACCUGCAGCAAAUCAAGUCAAAUCCAAGCUCUGUUGUGUCUGAAGUUUUGAAAGUGUUUGCUUCCAAGUCAACGUCUGGUGAGAAUAACCAGCCAGAGAGUGCUGCGAGAUCUUUAUUUUUUAGCUCUUCACAGAUGGGUACUGGUGUUGGUUUUGAUUCGCCAUCUAUUUCUACUGCUGCAAUGAAUCGUGGUGUCACACACCUGGGCGUUGUGGGGAGAGGCAUAAAGCGGGCUACUAUAAGCUCAGUCAGUGCAGAGCCAUCUCCUAAGAAGCCUAUGCUUGAUUCAUCGUCAGAAAAAGCUGAUAGCAGCCCUUCAGAGGUUUUCGAUGUUUCCAGAAGUUGUAGUAGUUGUAAAGAUGAUGAUGACGAUGCCAUCGACCACUGAUAGCCCUUAUAGCUUGACUUCUUUUUUUUUGAAGUUUUUAUAUCUAAUGUAUAUUUUUGUCUUUUUAGUUCUUUGAGUUGUAAUAGAUGUUCAAUAAGUUUGACAAUAUAAAUAUUUGUCAUUUUCAUAUA